UGGGGAGGAGUAGGUCGUUGUGGCUGUAAUGAUAUAUUUGAGUAAGGCAUCAUUAUCUUAGUAUGUUUUUAUCGUAAUCGAACUGCGUGAGAGCAUGUAAAUAUAAUAAUCUUUAAGUUUCUGAAUAAUAUGGCUUUCGUGAUCCCAAAGCUUGUAAUGGAGAUUAGUUUGAACCUUUCUAUGUCGAACUUGUAAUAUUAAAUAUGUAAAACUGCUCUUGUGGAUCAUCGGCAAUGUACGUGUUUGUAUAACGGUACAUGUGCUUAAUCCUGGGCAUGUGGUAAACACGUACCGGGACUACCGGAUUUGUGGUCGUUUUAGGUGAAUUGUGUUGAUUAAGUGCCGUUUUAGGUGAAUUGUGUUGAUUAAGUGCCUCUAAGAUGUGGAUUAACACGUGGCAUGUCGAGAGACGGACACGUGUUAACUCUCAUCUUAAUAGAUUAAUUAAUAAUUUUCACUUAAACCGAGUGCAAAUUGGACGGUUGUCACAAGCGGGGUCCUCGCCCUCGUCGGGGAUCGUCACCCAGGUGGGCCCAUCGUCGGCGGCGGGGAGUCCUGCCGCCUGCGCACUCUCUCCGCACCGUCGCUCGAUCGCUCCCCUUCAGGUUUUCUCAUCCUCUGCUCUGUUUCAUGUGACCCACUAGCCAUGAACCACUCCCUGUUGUUGUAUGUGCAGGUGGCAAGGAGGCCAGGAAGGAGGUGCCUGACAGGGAGGUCGUCAAGGAGGCCUACCUGAGUCGGGGGGCAGCCAUCAAGGGAGGGUUCGUGGGCACAGAUGGCGAAGUUAACUCAAAAAAAUUAUGAGGGGAUGCCCCUUUACAACAAAGAGGUGUCUGUUAAGGAGGUGAUGAGUGACAGGGAAGCUGCGAGGCAGGAAGAUGCGGAGGUCCACGAGGCAAGUAGGCAACCAUGAAAGCCAGGUUUCAGGACUGGAUGGUGGAGCAAGGUCGGUCAUACCGGACUGAGGAGGAGAAGGCUCGCCGCUAUGAGGUGUUUAAGGUGACUGCAAUGAGUGCUGACAAGGCUAACGGAUCAAAGCGAGAAGCUUGUGUAGCCACCCCUAACGGGCUCGCAGACUGGACUGAUGAAGAGUGUGAGUGUGUUGAUCUCCAUAACUUUGACUGGGAGAUAUACAUUGAUCACAUCAACAAUAUGGGAUAUGGCUGCUCAUGGCUGUAUAUUGAGGCCUCCUGUAUAUUGGCCGGAAGAUGUGAAGCAGGUGUAGGAAAAAUAGUAGAAGGAAGGCGUCAAGCCGACAAUGGCUAGGCAGAGAAGAGGCGACACUGAAUCCUCCUUUUCUCCAACAUAAGUAAUGUGUGCUUUCAGUUUGAUUAGAAGUGCAAGAAGUUUGCAAGAUUUAUUGAGAGCUAGUUGCAAAGUUUUCCUUAAAAAACAAUGAGACAUUUAGUGCUGCUGCUUAUUUGGUUUGUUGGUAUGGAUUUGUUGAAAUGCAGCUUGUUUCUAAACACAAGUUACCCAUGAUCCUACUGCAGUUGUUUACUUAAUGUUCGCAUACGUUGUUCUAUUUUUUGCAUAAUAAGGAAAGCAACAAACUUGUGCGAAGGAACUGAAAGCGGCACAGGACGUUUGCAACACAGCUCAUGUAUGCAGAAUUGAGUUUGAAUAUCUGAAAAGCGUGCAACUUUGGGUGUCAUAGUGUCUGGGUCAAUGGUCUGAAUAUAUAAUUCUAGUUUCUGGAGAGCUCAUAAUUAGUAUUUGCCCUGUCCCUUUGUUCUUACUUCUCACUAGAAGUUCUGAGUUCACCCCCCGGGGACUCUGUUUCUUUUUCAGUAUUUCUGACCACUAGUAUUUUUAUAUUAUCCUGUAAAGCUUAAAUAUGUUUUAUAUUGCAUGACAGAAUGUCCUUGUCUUGUCAUUUUCAAUAGGUAAAGGAAAAUUUGUUUGAUCUGUGCAUUACCUAGUUAGAUACCCAUCGCCUUCAUUGCCAAAGCAGCAUAGGAAUUGUAAAUAGCCAUCGUCUCUGUUAUCGAGCAAAUAACAUUGUUAUCACCGAACACCUUUACUCAUCAUAGGCUCAUAGGCUGCUGGAAUCAGCUUAGUACUUGUAUAUAUAUACACUGAAAGGCAGUUCUCCCGAUGUUUGUAUAUUAUCCAUUAUCCAAAAUCUACUGCACAACUAUAGGACCACAAUUUUCACUAUGGAUACCAUCCCAGAGGAAUUCUUUCUUGAGUGCCUCGUGGAGCUCAUAGACACUGGAGGCCAGCUCGCCCCCAGAUGAUGACAUGGACCACAAGCUGUGCAUGGCUCCACAUGCUUCAUUUACACGUUUGCACGCACAUUUCAGUAAUUGAGCUAAAUGCCUAUCUGUGCGUAAGAAUGAGAUGCUUACUUGUUGCUUAGAAACUUUGCUUUGUUCUCUGUGUUUCUGAUCAUUAAUAUUUUAUAUUAGCCUGAGAGGCCUAUUUAAAUAUAUUGCACAUCACACAACAGUAUCUUCUUUGUUUGUCAUUUUCAAUAGGCAAAUGGAGUUUGUAUCAAUGAUCUUUGGAAAUGAUAAGAAGAAAUUAUUAUCUUUGUGUGUUGUGUGCAGAAGCUAGCUCUUGCAGCCAUUAUCCAAGGAACAUUGGAAAUCUAGCCAGCCAUUGUCUCCAUUAUCCAAGCAGCAUUGGAGUUACAGGUAGACAUCACCUCUUGAAUCAUAUGGAUGUUUGUGUGCUGUGUGCAGAAGCUAGCUUUUGCAGCCAUUAUCCAAGGAACAUUGGAAAUCUAGCCAGCCAUUGUCUCCAUUAUCCAAGCAGCAUUGGAGUUACAGUUAGACAUCACCUUUUGAAUCAUAUGGCACUUGCAUACACAUUUUUUUAUUACGCAAUACACCUUAACAAAGUCUGCUCUCUUUAUUGAUACAUCAACCAAAAGCUAUGGCAUCACACCACUACCAUUGAUCAAAACGGCUAUCACCAGAGAAAUUCUUUGAGAAGGGUGUCAUGGAGCAGUUGUUGGACAGAAUCGCACUGUCACACUAAUUUGUCGGAAUCAAAUCACUCAAUUCCUUCCUUACUCUCGUAACUAUCUUGAACACACACAAGAAGAAUGAGAGAUCACUCAAAAAAACUAUAUUAAUCUUGUAGCCUCACACUAUAAGCUUACACACAAUGAAACACACUAGAUUGUCACAACCUAGAACAACUUGCUUGAUCUUCACAACCAAGCACUACCACACUCUAGCUUGAUCUUCACAAUCAAGCUCUAUAUGCUCUAUAUCUCAUGUUCUAUAUCACACAUACUCAACACAUGAGGGGUACAUGUCCUUUUAUAGGACUUACAAACCGUCAUACAAACCUACAGUUCAUUGCUAGCUAAGUACUAGCUGGUUCACUAUUUUUUCCAGCUCAUGGUCAAAACCAACUUUGCCUUUCCUUUGCUUCCAUGCAUUCACUGCAUGUUCUUGAUCCUUGCAGUAGUAAACCUCAAGUUGAUUACCUCUAGAUACAGCUAUGCUCUAGCUAACACUAGAAACUACUAGCUGUCAAUUUCAUUUUGACUUUGACAACUUAUGCCCAUAGAUGCAUGUAGAUGCAUCUACACAUUUCUUAUGACAAGAUUAUUUCCAACAUUCACCCCCUAAUCUUGUCAUAUCAAUUCUUCGAUGUGGAUCACCCACAUCUCAUCCUAGCAGCCUCACACCACUAUCACUCCAUCAUGGCUUCAUACCACAAUCUUCUUAGUAGUUUCACACUAUCAUCUCCUCCUAGCGAUAUCACACCGCUGUCAUCUAUUAAGCAGCAUCACACCACAUUCACUUGCUAGCAGCAUCACACCGCCAUCGUCUUCUGGUAGCAUCACACCACCCUCACUUACUAGUAGCAUCAGAGAAGAGUAGGUUCGUCGCUGGCAUAGCCUUCAGCAAUCAAAGCCUUCUCCUCCUUUCCUUUCUUAGGACAUUCCCAAGCAUAAUGUCCAAAAUCUUGACAGUUGUAGCAUUUCACCUUGCUUUUGUCUUUGCGCCCUUCGCCACCUCCACGGUCACGCCCUCGUCCUCGCGACGAGUUCUGUGCUCUUGCCAUGAGAAGUUGCUCUUCUAUUUGGACCUCCCGUCCCUUGAGUAGCUCUUCAUGUGCUUUCAAUGACCCAAUGGCCUCUUCCAUGGUCAUCUUGUUGAUGUCGUUGAACAACACCAUUGACGAAGCAAUAUUGAUGAAUUUGGUGGAGACUGCUCGCAUCAGCUUCUUCACAACAUACUUUUCAUCCAUCGCAUCUCCGAGCUCACGAAUGCGCCCAACUAUCAUCAUGAACUUCUCCGCAAACUCAUCCACAGACUCUGCUUCACUCAUCUUAAGGUUAUCAAAAUCUGACUUCAAGGAUUGAAUCCUUGCCUCCCGGAGACGCUCCACACCCACAUGCAUGGAUCGCAGCGCCGCCCACACAUCAGCGGCGGUCCCCUUCUCUGCGACUCGCAGCAGCGUCUCGCCGUCGAUCGACUGGGAGAUGAUCGCCAAGGCCAGCUCGUCCUUGCUCUGUUCAACACCCCCGGAUGCCUUCUCAGGAUCAACAGCACCCCAUGCGCCAUUGGUGCGCAAGAUGUACUUCAUCCUUAUUGCCCACACCGCGUAGUUCGUCCUUGUCAGCAUCGGGAAUGGGAGCCUCCCCGUCGUUGUCGUCGUCGCCAUCGAGUUGCCCAAGCCACUGCUCACGAUGGCUUUGCCUGACGACGAAUCUUCGCGCGACAUCGUCUUCAUCAACCUGGCUCUGAAUACCAAAUGUUGGGCAGAAUCGCACUAUCACGCUAAUUUGUCAGAAUCAAAUCACUCAAUUCCUUCCUUACUCUCUUAACUAUCUUGAACACACACAAGAAGAAUGAGAGAUCACUCAAAAAAACUAUAUUAAUCUUGUAGCCUCACACUACAAGCUUACACACAAUGAAACACACUAGAUUGUCACAACCUAGAACAACUUGCUUGAUCUUCACAACCAAGCACUACCACACUCUAGCUUGAUCUUCACAAUCAAGCUCUAUAUCUCAUGUUCUAUAUCACACAUACUCAACACAUGAGGGGUACAUGUCCUUUUAUAGGACUUAUAAACCGUCAUACAAACCUACAGCUCAUUGCUAGCUAAGUACUAGCUGGUUCACUGUUUUUUCCAGCUCAUGAUCAAAACCAACUUUGCCUUUCCUUUGCUUCCAUGCAUUCACUGCAUGUUCUUGAUCCUUGCAGUAGUAAACCUCAAGUUGAUUACCUCUAGAUACAGCUAUGCUCUAGCUAACACUAGAAACUACUAGCUGUCAAUUUCAUUUUGACUUUGACAACUUAUGCCCAUAGAUGCAUGUAGAUGCAUCUACACAUUUCUUAUGACAAGAUUAUUUCCAACAGCAGUCACCACAGUUAUCUGUCUUCCUUAAUAGUUUUUCUUCAAAGCCCGAUGGUAGAAUUGAGGGCAAUCACUGUGUCCCUAGUGACAUGAUGCUCCAUUACAUCUCGCAAAUGCUCAUGGAGGAUGACAUUGACGAUACACUCUCUGAUCACCCUGCGCUACUCCAGGUGCAGCAGCCCUUUGCUCAAAUCCUCUCCUCCUCAUGCUUUGGCUCCGAUAAUGGUGACACAGGGAAGGCCAGCAAGGAUUUGUUGCAAGAUGGCGGUGGUGAUGAAAGGACACUCAACCAGGCCUUAUCGAAGGGUACACAUGCAGUUUGGGCGUUCUUGGAGGGCGUGAAAGAGGCCCAUAUGCUCCUGCCCAGAGGGAAUGGUUUCGGAAGGGGUGAACUGGUGAAUCAAAUGGUCAGGGAAAGCAACAGCCAUAUUAGGGCCAAGAAGAGGUAUGCCAGCGAUGACCAUCUAGAGGAGGUAAGAAGGACCAGCAAACCUAUGAUGAUGAUCAAGGAGCCUAAGGAUAUUUGUGCAUAUGAGAUGUGGGAUGAUAUUAUGUCAAAUAGCUAUGAGACAUACAUCGUCAGAGGCAUGGAGCAGCUGCGCAGUGCCAUGGCCAAUAAGGUGGAGAAGAACAGCAGGAAGGAUAGUAGAAAGGUGGUAGCGAAUGUGGUGGACAUACACACAAUCUUGAUCCAUUGUGCGCAGGCGGUGGCAGCAAACGAUCACAUGAGAGCGGGCGAGCUACUGAAGCAGAUCAAGAAACAUGCAUCAGAAACAGGGGAUGCCACACAGCGGCUCGCUCAAUGUUUUGCCAAGGGGCUAGAGGCACGGCUAGUAGGCAUGGGGAGCAAGGUUUGGCAGCUGCGCAUGGCAGAGCGCCUCUCAAUUGUAGAGAUCCUCAAGGCACACAACCUCUGCAUGGCAGCCUGCAGCUUCAACAAGGUGAUGCUCCUUUUUUCCACAAUGACCAUCUUGCAGGCCAUGGUGGGUAAGAGAAGACUACAUAUUGUUGACUAUGGUAUGCAUUGCGGGUUCCAUUGGGCAGAGUUGCUCCGCUUGAUGGCAAGAAGGGAAGGUGGACCACCAAAGGUGAAGAUCACCGCCAUAGGCUACCCGCAUCUGAGGCCAUGUCCGAUAGAGCAGAUUGAGGAGACAGGGCGCCGUCUCAGCAAGUGUGCCCAUGAGUUUGGUGUGCCAUUCAAUUUCCAUGCCAUUAGAAAGAAGUGGGAGGAAGUUCGCAUUGAGAACUUGGACAAAGAUGUGGAAGAUGUGCUCAUCGUGAAUGACCACUUUAGUUUCAACACCUUGAUGGACGAAAGCAUAUUCUUUGAUGACCCAAGCCCCAAGGAUACCGUUCUGCAGAACAUCAGGAAGAUGAGGCCAGAUGUCUUCAUCCAGAGCAUUUUGAAUAGUUCAUAUGGUUCCUCCUACUUGUCACGAUUUCGGGAGGCAUUGUCCUAUUACACGGCAAUGUUUGACAUAUUUGAUGCAAUCAUCCCGCGGGAGAGUAAAUCGCGAGUGGUGCUGGAGCAGGAUAUUUUUGGACGUUUUGCACUGAAUAUUAUCGCCUGUGAGGGCGCGGACCUGAUGGAGCGCCCUGAGAAGUAUAAACAGUGGCAGGCGAGAAACCAGAGAGCGGGCCUGAGGCAGCUGCCACUGAAACCAGCCAUUGUUAAUGUACUGAAGGACAAGGCGAUGAGGUGCCACCACAAGGACUUUUUGUUUUGUGAAGAUGGCCAAUGGCUGCUGCAAGGGUGGAUGGGACGCAUCCUCUGUGCCCAGUCGGCAUGGGUAGCUGAAGACGCCUCUUAGGAAUUAAGCUGUUGCUCUUUGGUACAGAAUCAUACCAUGGCCAUGAUUCUUAGCUCCCUCAAGAAGUACUCAGGGCUGGAGGUAUGGUCCCAAUGAAAAAGACUAUGUUAUAUCAGUCGCUUAUUGGUCGUGAUUUUGAUGAAUUCACACGAUGUCUAGCUCAGAAGGAAGAUGAGUUGUUUAGUGAUGUAAUAUCUCUCGUCCUGUGGACUAUCACAUAUGUUUUAGCUACCAAUUCCUCGUGUACAUGUUAGGAGGUUCAGAUCUGGUCGUGAACACUGAAAAAGAAAGAAAAUGAUCAUGACUAUUCAGAGUUGAUGAAUUUGUUCCUUGAAGCUCUGCAUGUUC